UUCCUCUAUUUACGGGAAUUAAUAAGACAGUCGCCCUAAAAGAUGUUGCUCUGAGUGCCAGGUCUCCCUGAAUCUGUAAUUAACACCAGUAAGAUCCAUCUCCAGGAAAUCAAGAGAACAUGCAGAAUGAUCAGAAUGUCUCUUUCAAGAACAUACCCUGGGCGUUGACACAGGAAGAACACAGCAUUAUUGGCCUGGUUUUCUACUGCUUCAUCCUCUUCUUCGGCAUUGUAAUCAAUGUCACUGCACUGUGGGUAUUUUUUCUGUCCACCAAGAAGAAAACGUCUGUUACGAUCUAUAUGAUCAACUUAGCCAUAGUAGACCUGGCAUUCAUUUGUCUUUUGCCAUUGCGCUUGGUGUACUACAUUCAGAAAAGGUGGCCCUUCGGAGACCUGCUGUGUCGGAUCAGCACCGCCAUUACCGUAUUCUACCCAGCUAUGGCGCUCUGGCUCUUUGCUCUUAUCAGUGCCGACCGUUUUGUCGUAUUGACUCAGUCUCGAUACAGCAAUGAGCUGAAGAACGUCAGCAAAGCCGUGUUGUCCAGCGUGGGUGUUUGGGUCAUGGUCUUAGGGAUCAGCCUACCGCUGCUCUUCAUCAAGGAAGACCCGGAUCAGGCCUCCAACUUCACCACCUGCAGCAAAAUGUUUGACGUCGCACACCUGCACGUGGACAACGCCGUAAGCUUCGUCAGGCUCAUCUUCUAUUUCCUGGUGCCCAUCUGCAUCAUAAUCGGCUGCAACACCAUCAUUCUGAACAACCUCACAUGUGGCCGAGCAGCGAAACUGAAGUCCAAGAUGAAAAAGCAGUCUGUCCGCAUCAUCAUCACGUUGCUGCUGCAGAUAGUCAUCUGCUUUGUCCCUUAUCACGUGUGCUUCGUCAUCCAGCUUGUGAGACCCCAAAAAGACGAGUAUAGGACCUGGUCCUCCAGCAUGGGAUGCCUGAUGAACCUCAGCACGAUCCUCGACAUCCUCCUCUUCUACAUCGUGUCGAAAGAAGUUAAAGAACGGGUCAGGAGUGUCGUCCGGUACAGAAACUAUCGCCGCAGCCGCCGCAGAAAUAACCACCCUGCCUUAGUUGAGAUUUGAACCAGCAAGAGUGGUAGGGAGCUGGGAGGAAGCAAAAAUGUGGACUGUCUGGCAGGGAGCUGGGAGGAAGCAAAAAUGUGGACUGUCUGGCAGGGAGCUGGGAGGAAGCAAAAAUGUGGACUGUCUGGCAGGGAGCUCAGAGGGAGCGAAAACUGUGGGUUCACAAAGACUGGAUUGAGAAACACUGCCAUAGAUUCCUCCUUCUAUUGCUUGUAUAGUUGAGAAACUUACUGCAUUUGCAAAUAUAUUUACAAAUGAGCCUUUGAUGUUAGACAAACAUAUACAAAUAAUAUUAUGUAUUAUGGUUCAUAUAUUGUAUAUUUAAUUAAUUUAUGGCAUAAUUUAUGGCUAUAUGGUUUCCUCUCUCAUGCAUAACAGAGGUCCUUCAAAAAGAAAAUAAAUAGGUCUGAGACAACAGACAUUGAUUUCACUCAGGAAAGUGUAACGUAAUGUUUGAUCUAUGAAGAAAACAAACUCAGAAUCAUUCCUCAUUACUUUUGUGUUUCAUGUUUUCUUGGGAUUACAAAUCUUGUUCAGUGCCACCAGUUUUGAGGACAGAUAUUUAAAAACUAAAACAGUCGCAUAUUCCCUUUAACUGAGGCAGUCUGCUAAAUUAAAACGGCAGAGAGGAAAUGAUCUAGCCAUCUUCCAUCUUAUGAGACUGCCAAUGACCUAAAGUCAGGCUUCUUCAUCACACGCUACAGUAUUGGGAAGCAAAACUCACUCAGUCCUCCUGCAAUCUAAUAUAGAACUCUCGGUAACACUUACAAUACUUGAAGCUGUCAUCUAUAAUGCAUUAUAGAUACCAUUAUAGAUAGUGCAUUAUAAUGAUCGGUAUAAAAAUUU